AGCUUUAGCCAAUGUUGGGGGUAAAUUAUUAGCAUUCUGUUAUGGAUUAUGGGAAGUUAAUACGGAUAACGGGGAUUAUACACCAUUUUUUGAUGAGGGUUCAGAGGAGGCUAAAAGAUCUUGGUCAGGGGUGAAGGCAGUUACUGUCAUUGAUUCCUGUGUUUAUGUUGUGGCAGGGAAUCAACUGCUAGAGCUGAACACAAUUACAAAGAAGAUCAGAGAAGUAAGUAAUGAUGAUUGGGGUUCUACGAAAUUUUUG